UAUCCCAGAAAAAUAGGGGUUUACAGUCAGCCAGUUGAAAACAAUCGAGUCAAUACCCAAUUAUUCGUAGGUGUUAGACAAUACAUAUUAAUAUGUUUAUUCAUAUUAUAAGGUUUGAAAUGCAAUGGUAACGUAAAAUAUCGUCAGAGAUUCAGGAGUGUAUCGUCGAGUUUAUCGUAACUCCCCUGCACCUCGAAUGGUUCGGUCGGUUGCUACGUUAUUCUGUGUAGACGUUGUCCGGCUGGAAGGCCAGCUGAGAUGAGGAAGACGCGCCCGGGCUGAAAACAACGAUAAAAACAGAUUUGUAAACGAGAAUAAGAUGGCGGGUCUAAGGCUGAUGAGCGGCAAACACCCCGGGAUGAACCCGGCCGUCAGCUGUUCUCGGCUCCGUCGGGUCCAGGCUCUACUCUCCGAGGGGGGCAGCCCCACCGCGGACGGUGUCCUCUGCGUCCUGGGUAUCGACAGCCGGUACAACGCAGGCUGCACCGAGCUGGCCAACUUCCUGUUCUACGGCCUGUAUGGGAAGAACCAGAUGAACUUGGACCAUGUGCUGGAGGAGUUCCCUGAAGAGGUGUUGGAUGACGUGAUCCUGCUGAUCCAGUGGGACUGUGUCCACCUGUACUGUAACCCCGUCAACUACAGCUACCUGCUGCCAUACGUCUCCCACUGGAGGAACCUCCACCUCUACUGCCUCACACCCAGCGAGUAUGAGGAUGAGGAGGCUGCUGAGGAGUUCAAGAUCUCCAGCUUCGUCUCCAUGAUGAAGGACUGCAGCUGCGUCCGAGUGCCCUUCAGCUCCCAGGGACACAUGCAGAACUUCCACAUGUUCAUGUUGGAGAAGUGGCCCAUCGUCCAAGCCUUCGCCCUGGAGGGCAUCGGGGGAGGAAGCUUCUUCACCAUGAAGUACAAGCUCAUGGACAUCAGUGAGAGGCUGGGGCAGAUGUACAGCCGGCUGGACCCACUGUCCCUGGAGAACAUCCUAGCAGAGGACCUGGUGAACUUUGAGAAGCAGUGGAGCAACUUCUUCUCCAGCAUGGACCUGGAGAGUCAUCUGUCCAUCCAGGAGGUGUCCGAAGCCCAGGCAGGAGAGGUGUUCAGGAGCUACUACUCCCACGGGCUGAUCUCCAGCAACAUCCCAGAGAACAGUAAGGCCAGGCAGCCCUUCAUGCUGUUUGGAAGCCAUUCCUCCAAGGAGGAGCUGGAGAGCUACUCCUUCAACUUCCCCUCCGAGAGCCACGUGGUCCGCAGCACCGGCACCCACGGCGCCCCCGCCACACACAUGGUUCUGCAGUGUGUGGCCCCCAAGGGCCCCCUGGCCUGCGCUCGCACCUACUUCUUCGGGACCACGCACAGCCCUUACCUUGGGAAAACAAAUGGUGGACAGCAUAAAACAGAUCACCUGCUCCUGUCCCAGAUCUACUCUGCCGUCGUGCAGGCCGUCCUGGCAGGCAUCAAGUGCUUCUCGUGUUCGUCCAGCUCAUCCAAGGCUAAAGACGUAGCGGAGCAAACCUUUCUUCUGGCUCUGGAGUCCUUGAACUUAAGUCAGUAUCGCAGCGCACUCAGGUCCAAGAGUGAGUUCACCAUCCAGGCUGUGAAUAACGAGGGCAGGGUCGUCCCCCUCAGCGACGAAGGGAGCAGAUACAUGGUGAAAACUGCCUCCAUGACUGUAGCGGACAUCCCAGACCUCCAGCGGGGCAGAGGGGACCUGGGAUCUGUAGUCUUCUCCGAGUGCUUCUUGGAGUCCAGCAUCAACAUUCAGCAGAAAGAUGGCGGUGUUUCUCCUGACUGCUGCUACACCGUCCUCACCACAACGGUGCCUCGCUACGCCUGCUGGCUGGUUGAGGGGGACGCGAAGCAGUCAGAGCAAGCCCAGCUCCUGGUUAAACAGAAGGAAGAAGACACCUGCCUGGGCAGAGCUCUGACGGGGGCGGACGGAGCCUACGUCUGCUCCUCCAGCCUGCUCUCCAGCCCCGAGGAGGGAAAGAUCAGCUUCUUCUCGGAGGGACUGCUGUUUGUGCAUCCCCAAUACGGAGCCACCACUCUGUCCACACAACACAUCAGCAGCAUCAGCUUCUUCCAUGAGGACUCUGAAGCGGUGGCCUCUCUGUUCGUGGAGUACGACAACACCCUGUUGGGUCACCUCCCCUUCCCGCUCCAGAGCCCAGACCAAUGCCUCCUCUUCGCCCUCCAGCCCAGGUCCAAGAGCCACAAGGCCUUCUUCUCAAAGGUGCUCUCUGUGUGGAAGAGCUCAGAUUCAGCUCUCCGUCUGCAGCUGGUGGACAAAGAUGAGCUGAGCUGGGACCAGAGGAGCAUGCACAACAGACUGCAGAAGCUUCAUGAGAGCCACGAGCCCCCAGUGGCCAAGAGAAGAGGCAGCAUGAAGACCUCCUACUCCCACCUGCCUGAGCAGGACAUGUUCCUUCAACACUUUUCUCUGAGCAGCGUGGGCCAGGAGCCCAUCCUGAACGACCACCUGGGGGCACUGUUCCCCUCCGCAGACCUAAGGACCCCCCUCACCAAGCCCCCAGACAAGGUGGUCGUCACCGUGGUCAGCGGUCUGCCUGGGAGCUGGAAGAACAGCCUGGCCCAGCUCACCAAGGAGGGAGGAAGUUGGGUGGUGUACCAGCCCGACUCUGACAGCAGCGAUGGAUUCUCCGCCUCUCACCUCCAACACUUCCUGUCCAACUUCCUGGACAACCAGCGGGCCGUGGUGCCCAAGUCCCGCCUACUGCUGCUCACCCCAGGGUACACUGAUGUUCUGGAGGUGAUCCAGGCCAUCCUCUCGCACCCUGACCCCCUGGUCCAGGCCUGCUUCUCCAUAGGGGCCGUCACGGCUUGUGUGGAGCCCCUCUCCUCCUGCAUGGAGCACAGGUUCACCUUCCCCAAGCUGGUGGAGCAGUGCAGCCAAGGGGUGGUGAGUGCGGUGGUGUUCACGGGCCCGAGCUCCGAGGUGAAACAUCCGUCCAGUCAGUACCUGCACCAGCUGCUGCGGGCCUCCAACCCCAGCGCUGCCUUCAUCCAGGCCGAGGGCGGCGCCGUCACCAGGAACGAGGACGUCAAGCUCAUCCUUUCCGACAGCAGCUUCAACCAGUCCCAGAUGCUGAGGGCCCGAUACCUGCUGUAUCCUGGCUGGUGUAAGGGCCGCUACGCCACGGGCCUGGGGGGUCUGGUUCUCACCCAGCAACGCCUGCUGUUCAAUCGGCCCUUGGAGAGGCCCCUGUUCACCCAACGCUGCAGCGCGCUGAAGUCGUCCCUGACAGGAAACCCCUUCAGAGGAAACCUGUACCACGUCUGGGGGAAGGUCCGCUUCGCUGACUCUGAGAGGAGGAUGGAGGUGAGCUACAACGCUCUGAGCGGGGCUCUGACCGUCACUCCCGACCGGGACCCCACCCAGGGGACCGCCGGCUGCUUCCUCCUGUUCCACGGCGUGGGGCUGACCCCCGACGGACUCAAGGACUGGCUCCGGCUCUGUGCCAAGCAGAAGGAGAUGAAGAAGGUGAAGAGGACCAGGAACAGCAUCUCGCCGCAGGAGAUCAAGAGCAUCCAUGCUUCACGGCACCUGGAGCCGCUGCCCUCCGGCUUCUUCUACAACGGACACCACUUCAUGGACAUCUUCGGAGAGAAGAGGCUCUUCCAUCCCAAUAUGGAGCAGUUCAUCAGAGAGUACGUCUGCGACGCCAACCGAGAGAUAGAGCUCUUCAACAGCCAGCUGGACCUCCAGACACAGCCGGACCUGUUCGACCCCCCUCUGUAGAUCAUCUCUGUCCGUCCGUCUGUCUGUCUGUCUUUCUGUCUGUCUGUCAGUGUGUCUUCGUUAAAGCCAAGGGGAUCGUUAAGGGAGGGGGGGUGGCGGGGAUGUAUGUGAACAGACUCCCAGACCUGUGUUGUUUACCGGUCCAGACCAGCGCUCACCACGCUCUGAGUUUAGCUGCCAGCGUUGCGUUGCAGAGAGCAGAGAGUGUGUCAGCAGGUGAGCUGGGGGCUCAGGGCAGCCCUCCGCCGGCCUCUGGGCUCACCAGACAGAACCCAGAGUAGUGAGGAAGAGACACAGACACACGACAGCACAACCUCCUGGAACCACCCUGAGAGGGGAGCUCCUGUGUGGGAGUGUUGGUGCUCGUGAGAUAGAGUGUGUGUGGGUAUGAGAUUGUGUGCAUGAUAGGGAGUGUGUGUGUCUGGGGGGGGGGGGGAAGGGGGGUGUUAAUGAGGGUUGGCUGGCCCCUGCCGCUAUUCCUCGACUGGCACGAGGAGUCUGUAAUUCUGCCCGGUCCCUGGUGGAUUUUCCUAAGAAUCGCUCCUUCUCUCUGGUCACCCAAUCCCCAGCACACCUGUUGUCUUGUCUGGUUGCCACGGCGGCACGGAGAGGCCUCAGCAUGUGGAGAGGGAGCACUUUGUUAUGUCGCUGUUCGCAUAAGCAACCCAGCUACCCCCCGGUGUCCAUGCACCAUGUCUGGGACGCGGUUCGGGUCCUACCGGGGGUUAAACCCGUCGUUUGUAUGUGUGUGAGGUCGCCAGAAUCUCUCUCUGGUGAUGUCCAAGGUCCUAUGCAUGUCCCCUUGUCCUCUACAGCCUUUCCUCUCCAACCUGCUCCUCGUGACCAGCCUGUUCUCCUCCGCGGAGUGGCUGCAUCUUCAUUUGUCUAGAGCAAUAAAAGCUGACCCGUUUUCAAGAUGAAGGGUCCUCUUAGCCGCAGGUUGUAUGUAGUAGUUACCUGUAGUCUACUGUAGUGCCCUGUGAACCGGGAGGUCACUGGCUGUGAAUAGUAGGCGACUAAAGGAGCUCUCGUCCCGUCUGGACGGGAGCCACGCUUUGUCCAUGGGGUCAGCAGUGACACGCACUAGCCCUCAUCCUUGGGGUCGAGACGGUGCCUUCCCUGCCUUCAAACACGUGUACCCACGCACAAGGGAUGCAUGAUAUUGGCCUUCUGUAUACCGACAAAAACUCAAGAGUCCUCCUCUGACAAAAUAGGAGGUCAGCCGACGAGGACGAAGAGUAACUUUAUCCACAAGAUUAGAUGCGCACACAUACUGUGUGUCCUGAUUGGGUACGAGAAGUGCAUGUGCUCUCCGAGACACUGCAGGCCCCAUGCGGACCCCCUUCCCCAGCCACCCGCUUUGUCCAGGCCAAGCCAUACUGCCCCGAGCUGGCAGCGCCGCCGUCCCACACAGAAGCAGCUCGAGGGCGCGUCGUAGAGUAGCAGCACGGGUCGUGGUUCCUUACUCAACGCUGUCCCUGAACUGCACUUGUACCGUGUGUUUUACAUGUGGGGCUUACUGACCCCUGAACCCUUUGAGGACCUUGCCAAUCCCUGCUCCCAGGCCGCUCAUGCUCUUUCCUCGACUGAUAUUGAAGUAUAAUACACAUAUAUGUAUAGAUAAUAUUUAACAAGAUUUCUGACAAAGGAUCUUCAGUCCAUUCCAAAGCGAGUUGCCAUUGGAACGAACCCCCCAGCCCAAGAUGAUGCGUGUGUGGGGGCGUUUUUUAAAAGCAGAUUUGAACGGCGAUUAGCGCUAAAUCCUCGGCUGACAAACGAGGGUUUUCUAUUUUGACGUGAACACUUGGCGUCCCUAAACGGAUCUCUUGAAGCUGUGUGUUAGAAACAACAGUUGCUCUCAGUCGUUAUGUCAUGCCUUCGAGAGCAGUCGUCUGUGACAGCAGAGGAGCUCACGGCUGGUCUCUACCAGGCUGUACUGAGGGGAGAGCCACCAUGGCCACCGCACAGGGCUCCCAAUCCCCGACAGAUCAGCUAGUCGGUCGCCGGGCAGCACUCAAAGGGUCGCGGUAGGGUCAGGUUAGAUGUUAAACAUAUCAGAUUCAAAAUAGCAACAACGCUAGCUACACAGUUACACUAUUAAUACUAAUCUUAUUACAAGUACCACAUUAUUUAGCAUGUGUUCCGAUUUCACGUGUUAUUCCGAUACGAUGUAAUGUGAAUACGAUGUCACGCAAUAUUCCAAUUCAAUGUAACAUGAUUACGAUGGAACCUGAAUACAAUGUCACUUGAUAUUCCGAUACAGUGUAAAAUGAAUACGAUGGAACAUGAUAUUCCGGUAAAAUAUAACAUGAAUAAGAUAUAACAUGAUAUUCGGAUAAAAUUUAACAUGAAUACGAUGUAUCGUGAUUACGAUGUUGCGUAAUAUUCCGAUGCAAUGUAACGUGAAUAUGAUUUAACAUGAAUACGAUGUCACGUGAUACUCCGAUACAAUGUAACGUGAAUGCAAUGUAACGUGAAUGCAAUGUAACGCAAACACGAUGUCACAUGAUAUUCCGAUACAAUGUAGCGUGAAUGCAAUGUAACGAAAAGCACGUUGUCACGUGAUAUUCCAAUGUAACGUGAAUAUAGCGUCACUUGAAUAUAAUGUCACUUGAUAUUACAACGUCACGUGAUAUUCCGAUGUAACGUCAAUACGAUGUCACGUGAUGUUCCCAUUUCACAUGACAACUAUGUCACAUGAUAUUCUGAUGUCAUGUGAAUGUGAUAGCUUUUAUAUUUUAAGAAAAUUGCCUUUCACCAGACUGGUACAACAAAGAGAAAAAUAUGUACGUUUAUUUUACAUAUCUGGCAUUUUAAUUACCUCAACGUGACACAAAGUAUUUUUCUAAUACUGUGAAUUGAACAGUACACAGAAGUGAUUAAACAUUGCUUUUUUUUCCGCUACAAGAAAUGAAAAAAAGCUGUUGUUAAAAAAACUGAGAAUCUGAUUGGUCGCGAGAGGUAGGGAUUCUGUGGUCCAGCAGUGCCUUGUUCCCGGCCAAGAAAACCAGAUGAAAUUUCCUGGGUCUCUUAACAGUGUUGGUUAAAGGCUCCAUGGAGUCAAUAAUGUGUAGUAGUCAGCCAGAGAGGGGGGCGGGGAUGCCGCAGAGACAGCCAGAGGGCUCGCCGUCGUUCAGAGAACCAAUCAAAAAGCUGCACUCAGGCUGGCCUCCUCGACGUCACCACGGUCGUGCCUCCGCGUAUUGAGUUUCGUAAAAUGGCCGACGCGCUGUCCCGGAAAGAAGAUGGCGUCUGAUUAGAAAACACAUUUCCCCGGGGUGUCGAGAACACACUCUCAAAGUCUCGGAGGUUCGAGUGAAAUGUGCUGUCAGCACCCGGCCUGAGUCGGGGAGGGAAAGCCGGGCCCGCUGCGGUCUGGAAUGAAGAGGGUCGAGGGGCUAAAGUGGGUGACCCCCUGCUCACUGCACAGUGGGGGCCCCCGGGGAGCCCUCCUACAGUCUCAGUGUGUCCCGCACCCUCCUCUCUGGCGGUCCUCUCUAGCUGAAGUUAUAGGAGAAAAAACAAAGUUUGGUGUUUCACUCCAGACCUGCUGUCCUCAUACUGUGAAACAAAUCACCAUAUGAGGGAAUACGGGCUUCUGAUUGGUUGCGAGUUCAGCUCCGGGGUUCCAAAGAGAUUCAGUGAUUUGGAAUGUAUGCACUUUUUAGACUUUUAACACUCGUAUUCCGUCACGUCCUUGUUCGUAUUAAGAGGGGUGGGUUCUGAGAAAAAUCGUUUUCUAACCAAACAAAAACCUCUGGGCACUGAUAAAGAGUUUGGGGAUAAGAGAUUUUUAGUUUGGGAUAUCUGUCCGAAAGGGGUUGAUAGUAGUUUAAUUCCUCUAGUUUUUUUCUCAGGUAUUGUUGUUCCCACACCUAAGAUCCAGAGAUUUUGGUGUCCUGUUGGCACAAAGGGAAGAUCAUAUGAAUCAAAUCAGGGAACGUUUGAUGUCCAGCCGACUGAAUUAGAUGUGGGCAUCGAAAAAACAAGGGCUUAUUUAUUCUGUCGGCCAGACGUAAAAAUUUAGAUAAAAAAUAACUGGCACAGCACAGAAGAGAAGAAAAUAAAUUCUUUAUUUGCCAAAAUAAUUCCAACCUUGUUUUUUUGUUUUUUUUAAGGGCAGUGUUCACGAGAAGCGAGUGAAAUCGAUUUUGCAAUUGCACAAAACUACUGUAACUUCAGUUUUUAUCCUGUGACUGAUGCUUUUUAUAAUCUCGUUGUAUUUAUUGCACCAAGUAAUCUAUUAAAUAUUUCUAAAGUU